ACUCCUAUUUGUAACUUCAUCUUCUCUGUAUCGACAAGGUUAAAACCAAAACCACGAAUAAGUGAAUUGGCUUUGUAGCAAAACCCCACUGGGGUCUUGACAUUGAUCAUCUUAUGUGCUAUGUAAGUUUUGGUAUCAACUGUCUUCACACCACUUCCUGCCGUUAUUUCUCAUAAUUCCAAGCGGGAAAACUUUUUCUUUAAAAAAGCCCUUUUUUCUCUUUAUUUUUACUUACAUAUUUCUCUAUGUAAUAGGGUUCUUGAUUAUGUAAAACUAUAGAUGGCCUCAAAAUGUAAAAGGGUUCUUGAUUACAUAAGCUAUAAUCUCUUUAUGGGUUUGUAUCUGUUCUAAUUCUCAUUAGGGUUUCAUAUUUGUUCUCUGUUUUUUUUUUAAUUUUUGUUUUUUAUUUUUGUGUGUGAUUUUGGUGGCGAUUUGAACUUUAUGUGUUUGUGUGUGAUUUUAUCUAUGUGGGUAUGUGGUUUAUGUAAUUCUUGAUUAGAGAAACCCUAAUGAUGAGUGGCGAAAGAUACAAGAGGCUAUAGGCAUUGUUUUCGGGAUAUGAGUAUGGAGGAUCAGGCUUUGAGGUUGUCGCGGUACAGUGAGAGUUUAGGGAAUAGGAAUUCGACUUCUAUGAAGUUUGACUGGAUGCAGCUUCUAGGUGAUCCCGCGAAAUCGGGUACUAAUGAUGGGGGGAGAUUGGGUAGGAAUGAUGAGGGUGGGAGUUUAAGAGAAUGUGAUUUAGAAGAUAAUGCAAUUAGACUGAAUUUUGAUGGAAAAUGUUAUGGGGAUGGUGAUUUCUCGGGUUUGGGUGGGUUUGAAGGGAAGUUAGUGGAUGAGAAUCCAGGACCUGGGCUUGCAUUGUCAUCACGGAGUUUAGGCGACCCUGUGAAAUCGGUUGGUAAUGACAAGAUUUGUAGCUUAAUGGAACUUGAUAUGAACGAUUGUUGUAGUGCACAAGCUAUUAGAUUGGAUUCUGAGAGAAAACGUUACACGGGAAGCGAGUAUUCUGGUUUGGGUAGGUUUGAGAAGAAGUUGAUAGAUGAGAAUCCCAAACCUGGGUUUACAGUGUCAUCACGGGGUUCAGAUGACUCAGUUGUUCAUCAAUCAUUAGCAAGAGAGAACUACAGGGAGAAAAAUUUUUCCUUUAGGUAUUUACAAGAUGAUAAUUAUUCUAUGGAACAGUCAAGGGCACGACGGCUAUCUAGCUUUGGCACAGGAUCUCUGGCAUUACUGGAGAAGGAAUAUCCUGGUUCACUUAGAAGUCAUUCUCGCAUUUCUUCUGGUACAGAUAUGCUUAAUGCCGAGAUGAUAGAUUCAACUAUUGUCCACAAUGCACUUGAUGAUAAUAUGUGUCUCAAAUCCAGUGUCCCCAGGACUUAUUUACCUGCAGAGAAUAUUCCUGUUGGAGAAGAACAUGAGAAUGAUACUUACAAUGAAAGUUUGAGAAUUAGAAUAGGGAAUGUGUUUCAAGAAUCUGAUUAUUUUCAUGUAAGUGCCAGUGUUCCUGAAGAUUAUAGCUAUGACUAUUUUGAUUCUACUCUGGACAAGAACAAUGAAUGUUAUUAUGAAGAUCUUUCUGGAGAGAGUAGGGUGUGGUGCGAUGAUUCUUUUCUUGAGGGACACAAGAUUCUGGGCAACAAUGAUCUGAACUUGUCACGCACACAAAAAUGGGAUAAGGACAUUGUGGAUCGUAGAAAUGCUUAUAGAAGAGAACAAUAUGUCAACCAGAGAAGCCCUGUUUCAGGAGAUGACAUUUAUGAGAGAUCAGAACUGGCACCAUGGAGUGAAUAUGGUCAAUACAAUGUAAAUAAUGGUCACGGAAGUCUUCUUUUGGAAGAAGGUCAUGUUUAUGAAAGAUCAGGGACUAUCCCGUUUGUGGAAAAUGACGAAGAAUUUGAUGGUGAUUACUGGGAGAGGUUGGCAGAUAGUGAAUCAUGUUUGAUUAACACAGCACUAGUGCUCAAAAGAAAACACUAUAUGGAUGACAUAUCAACCAACAUUUAUAGUGGAAACAUAAUACCAAGUAAUGACGAGAGAGGUGAAAAGAAUUACUAUCAAGGUGUUCCAUCAGAACAAUUGUCUGCUGAUGAUAGAGAGGGUUUUAAUUUGUCUAAAAAGCUGAAAUCUAGCAACUCACGAUCUGAGAGGGUGCCCUAUCGCGUAAUAGAACACAAUUCCUCUGGUAAGGACAUAACGAAACGCCUUGGCCCUCGACGUCAAGAUAUUAAUGCCUCUCCAUCACACCUUGUGAGCACACCAGAAUCUUCGGUUAAAAAGCGUUUGGGACCGGUGAAGACGUCUAAACCUUCAGUCAAGCAGCGGUUGGGACCUGCUCCUAAAUAUAAUCAAACUGAUUUCCGAUUGAAAAUCCAGAAUUCUGGGAAGCUCUAUCAAAGAGCUUAUGAUGAUAAUUAUUUAGUUCAACUAGAAGAAGCCUCUAUCGGUGGUAUGAUUUCUACCAAUGUCGAGCCUCAUAAAAAUUCUGAGGAGUUCAAGCAGCUGGUGCAUUAUGCGUAUUUCAGGUUUGUCAAGCAGUUGAAUGAGAACUCUGCCCAAAGAAGAAGAAUCUUGGAGCAAGGAAGAGCUGGUCGUUUGAAGUGCAUCGUAUGUGGAAGCAACUCCAAAGAGUUUCUAGAUACGAAGAGUUUGGUGGAGCACACAUUCUAUUCUCAAAAGGUUGGAGACAGAGCGCUGCACUUGGGAUUUCAUCGAGCACUUUGCAUGUUAAUGGGAUGGAAGAACAGAACUGCUGGUGGUCGCAAGUGGUUUUGUGAGUUGUUAUCUGAUAGUGAAGCAUCGUCAUUAAAGGAAGACCACAUUAUCUGGCCCCCAAUUGUGAUCAUUCACAAUAUCUCUUUGAAUAGCAAUAAUUUUGAUGAGCGCGUUAUUGUAUCUAUUGAAGAACUUGCCUCUAUACUGAGAGGAAUGGGGUUUGAGGAGAGGGUUAAGGUAUGCCGUGGGAGACCUGCGAAUCACAGUAUCAUGGCAGUUAUAUUUAACAGCACGUUAUCUGGGCUAAAAGCUGCAGAGAGGCUUCAUAACUUCUACUCUGAGACCAGACACGGAAGAUCUGAUUUUGAGAAUAUCAGAAUUUGUAGCAGCAGCAGGCGCACUGGAGAAACAUCAAAGGCAUCAGAAAAGAAGGCUGAGCAUGUCCUCUAUGGCUACCUGGGAAUUGCUGAGGACUUGGAUAAACUUGAAUACGAGACCAAGAAGCGUUGUUUGGUGAAGAGCAAGAAGGAGAUCGAGAACAUUGCCAUGCCGAUGUAAAAAAAUCGAAUGCGAGUAUAUGCGCAUAACGGUCAUGUAGAAAUUUUGCUGACACUCUUGCUCUCUUCAAGCUUAUGCUACACACUGGAACAGAUAUCCAGAAUUUGGAACCAUGUCAUGCGUUCAUGGAUCGUUAGGGGAUGCGAUCCUUUUUAGCACAUUUGGAAAAAAUUGGCUUGUUUUAGCACAUACAUAUGCGUGCAUUGCUAUCGUCGCACAACCCCUGUAACACAUCAAAAUAUGUGUUUCUUUCGAUAGCAAAAAAAAUGCAUGAAAAUCUGUUCACUUGUGAUGCAUUUUAAAUGCAUUAUGGUGGUGCUAAAAUGAGACAAGUUUUUCGUUUGUGCGAUUUUUGAGACAAAUUCUGGUUACGGAUUCUUUUGAUGAACCUCGUUGAGGAUUCUUUAGAUGUUUCUUUUGAUGAACCUCGUUAAGGAUUCUUUAGAUAUUUCUUUUGAUGAACACGAUGAAUGUAAAUCUUGAUUUUGGUUACCUCGAUGCUUCUUCUGGUUUCUAUUUACCUGAUCACUUGGCCUUA